AUGUCUGAGUUCAGUCCGAGGGAAAUCCUCGACCCGACAGUGUAUUUCAUGGGUGAAUUUACCUUGGAGGGCGAGCGAUUUUCUGGUCCCAUUUGCCGACGGCCCCUGCCGCCGACGACCUCCAAGGCUAGACCGUUCGAAUACACCGGCCAACCAGCAAACCUGGACUUGAUUGAACAGAUCGCAGAGCUCCUGGAACAGAACAAGAUACCAUUUCAUGUGGUCAAUGACGUCAUCCCGCAGUCCCUGCAGAAGCAGGCGGUCCAGGUCUUGCGCAAGGCUAACUUCGACGAUAGCUGCUCCCGGAUUGAGAAUAUAUGUCUACAGAAGGACCAUGAGGGCAACUACGAAGCCGCGCCGUGUAACUACAUCUACAAUCUGCGGGCGAACUUCCAUCGGGCGUGGUGGGUGCCCGCUCAUAUCUUCCACCUCCAGCCGGCAGCUCCGGGGGAAGAGCUCCAUGUGGAUCUGAACCUGUUCAGCCACGAGGACUGGUUCCCGAACGUGAAGCUUCCAGACUGUAGUCCGCUAGCCGAAGAUUAUGAGACUUAUCUGGUCUCGACCGAUACGCGUCUCGCCUCGUGCGAGCAGGCCACCUACGAGGUCAAGUUGUUCCAGCCGGCGCGGAUGGUGGAGGCCCUAAUCCGCCUCGCCUACCGCGACUAUUACCUGUACGGGCCCCAGCAUCUGGACUACAUCCCAUUGUCCGACAGCUGCAAGUGGGUGGAGGAGCUCUCCAACAUUUUCUCCUCGUUGAUCUCGGAGAAAGAAGAGGACAGUACUGCUGCUGGUGCUGGGGAGCCCCGCAGCGAGCCCCCGCCUCCCUGGGCCCGUGCUCGCGUGAACGAAGCCUUUACCGAAGCAGCUGAGCUCACCCUGAGGGGUCUGGAUCCUCGAUGGCUUCGUCUCGAAGAUUUCCACCGGGCAUGGUUUUUCUACUUAAAGAUGCUCAGCCACCUGCAGGAUACCUCGGGAGACAAGACCUCAGAAAAGGGGGUGGAGGUUCAUCCCUUCCGAGUCGCCUUCCACGCGUGUACUGGCUUCGCUGAGUUGUCCUGGCUCCCUUGGUCCCUUAAAAACCACGGCGUCUUUCCGGAAGACACCAGUCCCUUCCCGAUGAAGAGUAUCCUGGCUUAGCAGACUUUAAUUGAUCGCUUCCCGCACCUGGAGGAGAAGAUCGAUACUGCCCGGAGAAGGGAUGUGGACGAGUGGCUGACUCCCUAGGACUACAAGAAUGCCAUCAGCUGGCGCAGGC